AUGGCCACCCCUCUUCAACUAGGAUUCCAAGACGCAGCAUCCCCAGGCAUAGAAGAACUUGUACACUUCCACGACCACGCUCUCAUAGUCGUUUACUUAAUUAGCAGCUUCGUACUUUACAUCAUCGUCACGCUAGUAAUAACAAAACUCACAAACAAACACGCCCAUGACUCACAAGAAAUUGAAAUCAUCUGGACAAUCCUUCCAGCAAUUAUCCUCAUCGUAGUAGCCCUGCCAUCACUUCGAAUUCUAUACCUUAUAGAUGAAAUUAAUAACCCCCACUUAACAGUAAAAGCUUUCGGACAUCAAUGAUACUGAAGCUAUGAAUAUACUGAUUAUGACGACCUAGCUUUUGACUCAUACAUAACCCCCACACAAGACUUAAUCCCCGGCCAAUUUCGCCUUCUAGAAGUAGACCACCGCAUGGUAAUCCCCACUGAAUCUCCUAUUCGAGUUCUAAUUACAGCUGAAGACGUUCUCCACUCAUGAGCCGUACCAGCCCUUGGCAUCAAAAUGGACGCAGUACCAGGACGACUAAACCAAACAACAUUCAUGACCUCCCGCCCUGGUAUUUACUACGGACAAUGCUCUGAAAUCUGCGGCGCAAACCAUAGUUUUAUACCAAUCGCUGUAGAAGCAGUCCCAUUAACCCACUUUGAAGAUUGAUCAACCUCCAUGCAACAGACCGUAU